CGUCAGUCGCUCACCAGACGUCAUACAGAACGCGCGAUCAACACAUUUGUACCGCGGCAAGUGAUACGGAACGCUCUGUAAAUAAUUCUUUAUUUCGAUUCCAUCAGCUGUUUCGUGUUUAGUUUGAACAGUGAUGCGUUGAUAGUACGCGUCGAUGGAUGUCGUAAACGGAUCGCCGUCGCUUCGGCUGCGCGGCGUGAAUUGUAACAGUGAUAGCAAAAAACAUGAGUUGAAUUUGUGUCCUAGUGUGAUGUCUCCGGAGACGCAAAGACUGCUGCCUCCGACCACGGAGACUAUUAUGACCAAGCCGUUUCCUAUUAGAGGAGAAAGAGCUAACUAUGUAAAUAUCCCGCACGUGAUCGCGAUGGUGGGGCUGCCCGCGCGCGGCAAGACCUACAUCUCCAAGAAACUGUCCCGGUACCUCAACUGGAUCGGCAUCAAUACCAGAGUAUUCAACCUGGGCGAGUACCGUCGACACGCGACCACAGCAUACACGAGCCACGAGUUCUUCCGGCAAGACAACAAGGAGGCCAUGGCGAUACGGCAGCAGUGCGCGCUGGACGCGCUGCACGACGUGUGCGAGUGGCUGGUGAAGGGGGGCGAAGUCGCCGUGUUUGACGCCACAAACUCGACGCUGGACCGGCGACGGAUGAUCAGAGACAUAGUCGUACACAAGAUGGGCUUCAAGCUGUUCUUCGUGGAGUCCAUCUGCGACGACCCCACCAUCAUAGAACAAAAUAUUAUGGAAGUAAAAGUGAGCAGUCCCGACUACACGAACAUCCAGAACACAGACAAUGUGCUAAACGACUUCCUCCUAAGAAUAGAGCAUUAUAAGGAGAAGUACGAACCUCUGGAUGAGAACGUGGAGUCUUCAUACAGCUUUAUGAAGAUCUACGACACGGGCGAAAAGGUCGUGGUGCACAAACACGAAGGACACAUACAGAGCCGCAUCGUCUACUACCUCAUGAACAUUCAUAUAGUGCCCAGGACCAUUUACCUGACCAGGCAUGGCGAAAGUCUCCACAAUAUGGUGGGUCGCAUCGGUGGCGACAGCGAACUCUCCCCGCGCGGGCGACAGUACGCCUCCGCCCUCGCCACUUACAUCGACCAGCAGCAGAUCCCCGGACUCAGGGUCUGGACUUCCUGGAUGAAGCGAGCUAUACAGACGGUCAAAGAUGUUAAAGCACCACAAGAGAGAUGGAAAGCCUUGAAUGAGAUUGAUGCCGGCAUCUGCGAAGAGAUGACCUACGCGGAGAUCCAGCAGAAAUACCCUUCAGAUUUCAACGCGCGGGACGCCAACAAGUUCGCGUACCGGUAUCCGCGCGGGGAGAGCUACGAGGACCUCGUGGCGCGGCUGGAGCCCGUCAUCAUGGAGCUGGAGCGCCAAGGCAAUGUGCUGGUGGUCUCGCACCAGGCCGUCAUGAGGUGCCUGCUGGCCUACUUCUUGGACAAGUCUGCAGAGGAGCUCCCAUAUCUCCACGUGCCACUACACACGGUCAUCAAGCUUACGCCAGUCGCGUACGGCUGCAGAGAGGAACACAUCAAGCUGUGUGUAGCCGCGGUCGAUACUCACCGCCCCAAGCCUUCUGGCUUCAGCGACGACAGCCCGCCAGCAGAUACGUGAUACCAGCUCCUCCUAUCAAACCCCCAGUCCCUCCAGUCCUGAACGGCACCAACUGUGACAAACUAGAAGAGAAGGCGCAUUAAUGCAAUCAGACAACGCGCCGCAACACAACCAAUGCUUACGACAUUCGAGAUUUAAAAUUUAAAAAUAAAUGUGUUGAUAUAUUGACUGUGUCGGAUUUUGAGACUGAUUGUAAAGUGAGCUAGACUUUUAAAUUUUGAACUCGAUCGUCCGAUUGAGAUUUGGGUGUUUGUCCGAUUAUGUCUUAGUCCAAAAGAUUGCGCGGGUUCACCACACUCGAUUUUUUAAACUUGAGCUUUCUGGGUUACACACAGACAUUCUAUAUACCUAGAAUAUAGUUAGAUAUUUUGUUAAUGUAAAUAGUUUUGUAAAUAAUUUUAGUUUGGUAUUAGUGUAAUUAACUUAUUUUAACCCAAAUCUAUAAAUGCGGAAUAUUGACAGAUAUAUUAUGCCUAUUUAAAAAUAUUAUUAUUUUAAAUACUAUUCUCGUAAGUGGUGCACCCGCAUCUAUAUAUUUUUGUAAUAUAUCUCGUUUUAUCUACUCCUUAUCAUUCAGUAAUAUUGAUAUACAUUAUAUAUACUAUUUGAAUAAAUAAGAAUUUUUACAAAGUGGCUAUGUAUAUUAAAUGUAAUAUAAUUAUAAUUUUAUUUUUAUUUAAUAUAAAUUAAUUAAGUGGG